AUGACUACCCCGACUCUGAUCAACCUUCCUCCCCCGCCGUCUGACCCGGUGACUCCAUCGGACAUGGGCCCGGGGACCCCCAAUUCGGGCACAACGUCGUUGUCGGCAUUGUCUACAACCGCCAUCAAGGAUGGCCACCAAGGCCAGCCUCUCCCCCACGGUCGCCAUGCCCACCACGCCCAUUCUGCAUCCUCCACAUCUACCACGACCCUGGAAGCAGAGCGCGCCGACCGUAUCUCUCGCCUAGCCGGCCUAGAACGGGUGGCCACUGCCCGGGCGGGCGGCACACCUCAGCCCAGUGGCAUGGUACCGGUGACUCAGUAUCCCGGAUACUUCGACAGUGGCCCAGGCAUCAAGGAGAGAAGCACGGUAGGUAGCGCCAGUGCAACGGGCAGCAUAGGGGCCCGCACGACGUGGGCGAGCGGCAGUGAUGCCUUUGAUGCGGACCGAAUGAGUGAGUACCCGGAGGAUGGGACGUCGAGCGUGGGUAACUUCAGUGAUGAAGGGGACAACAGCCUGGUCGCAUUUGGAGAAGGGGCCAGUACUAUCAGUGGGCCGACUUCGCAUCCACUGCUGAACCGGACAUCAUCGGGACAUCGACCGAGUUCGUUGGGCAGCCCUGGAGUGAGCCGCGCGAACCCUUUCGCAUCCCAUCUCCAGCACUCUGGGGAGGGGCCGAUGAUGCUGUCAGCCCAGUCGCCCACUGGAUCCGUCACGCCCGAACCUACACAGGAUGCACGGAUGGUGGAUGGGAUGACCUAUGAUUCAAAUGUGGUUGACACCACCGUGAGGACCCCGCGGUUGGCCACUCCCGCUCAGGGUGGCGAACCAACCGACUACUAA